AUGGGUUUACAAGCCGCAUCUACUAUCAGGGCUUCCAAACAAGUCUCUAGAAUUAAGAGAUUGACUUUAGAGGACGUGCCAAAGGCAACAAGAACUUUGUGCAAGGCCUUUGUGAACGACAAUCUUGGUAAAUUGUUAACUAAACAUAUCAAGGAUCCCUCGGUCAAGGCGCAAGUUGACGUCCUUCUUUAUGAGUGCUACCUCAAACAGCAUAUCCUCAAGGGUAUGUGUUUCGGUGUUGGUGAAGAUGCCGAUGAAUUCGAGACUGUUGCCAUCUGGUCGCACCCCAAUUCUGUGAACGACGGUCUUGAGAGUUUUUCCAACUUGAUGGACGCUGGCUACGACAAGCUCUGGCACUUGUGUGGCAAAGAAGGUCAAGACAAGAUCUUCAGAGGCAUGAUGCCUUUGUUGCACGACACUUGUGAUCGUAUUUUCGCGACUGACAGAAGCUUGGCCGGUAAAGGCGUCUACACUUUGGUGUACAUGGGAUCCCUCGCCAAAGCUCGUGGCAAGGGAAACGCUCGCGCAAUCUUCGAGUACAUGUUCGAGAAUUACAUCGACUUGCCAGGAACAAAUCAUGUGUCGUACUUGGAGAGCUCUGCUGCAAGCAACAUCCCCAUUUACAACAAGUUCGGCUUCAGGUUCUAUGAAGACAUUACACUCGGCAACAAGGAUGUGCCUAACGCCAAAGAGGGCGAAGAUUACGCUGUUAUGAAUGUGAUGGUCCGUGGUCCCUUUGGCCAAAACCUCGAACCAGACUCUAAGUUAUAG